AUGGUCACUCAUCUGCUCAACAAGGGCUCCGUCAAGCGGACGGCGCUCAUUUCUAUGGAUGGAUUUCACCUGUCAAGGGCGGCAUUAGACAAAUUACCUGACCCGGAAAUGGCGCAUGCCCGGCGUGGUGCGCCGUGGACAUUUGAUUUGCCACGGUUUCAAGAUUUCGUGCGCCGACUUUAUACCUGGGCUAAUGCCGUACCCUUGUGCACGUCGGUAAAAGGUUGGUCUGACGCGGAGGUGCUGACGGCUCCGACGUUUGACCACGAAGUGAAAGAUCCCGUUGAAGAUGGCAUUAUUAUCACCCCAGAUACUUCGAUAAUCAUCCUAGAAGGAAACUAUCUUCUUCUCAACGAGCCUGGAUGGAGAGAUAUAAGUAGUCUCUUUGACUAUCGCGUUUUUAUCAACAUUGAUCUACAAGAAGCACGAUCGCGAGUGGCCAAGCGUCAUGUUCAUGCUGGCAUUGAGCGAACAUUGGAGGAAGGGCUUCGAAGAGUAGACGGCAACGAUUAUCUCAAUGCCCUUUUGAUCCAUGAGAAACUGCUUGUACCAGAUAUGUUUGUGGAAAGUAUACCUUGGAGCUUCACAGAAGCAAGUUAA